AUGUCCGAAAGGUAUCUACGCCAGCAAAAUCUGGUCCUUCUCCCGCCGGAACAGCCCAAAUACACCACCCGCGAUUGGGAUGCGAACAACCGUCGACAGAAUGCGUCCUCGCUGGAGCAGCAAGCAUUGGCGGAUCGUGUAAUCAGUGAAAGUGAUCGUAUAAUCGAUGAGACCAAGCACACGACGGAAGAGAGCAAAAGCGAGGUAGACUUCCGGUUGAAGGAACGCAUCGAGGACAUUCAGUUCCGGCGGGAUGAGUUGCAGCAGCAGAAAAAGGAUGCCCACAUCGAGGAGGAGGCGCUGAAGGUGUACAAGCGUCGUACGAUCGAUGCGAUCAACACGCUGCGGGAGAUCGCCGUGCCGCUGUGUCAGAAAUGUAUCGUGCUGCGGGAGAAAAGACAAGGAGCCGACCUGGUGAACGAUGGCGUUGAUCGGGAACUGCGGAAGGAGCUGGACGUGACCGAGGGAGGUAUAGCGCUGCUGGACAAGGUGUUGGAGCAGUGCGUGGAGCAGAUCCGUCGGCUGCGGGCGACCAUCUAUCUGCUCGAUCGGGACCUCGCGGACAAGGAUCGGUCGAUCAAGAUCGAUGCGAAAAAUCUUGAACUGCGUCCAAACCAGAUGGAGCUAAAGAUUUAUGCCGGGAGAGUACCAUUGGAUCCUUACAACUCAACCGACGAGGAAUGGAUCAUGGUAACGAAUAGAAAUAUUGAAGCCACGGCGAAGGAAAUCAAUUCCGCCCAACCGUUGCGUUCGUACGUCGACCAGCUGCUCCGUCAAGUGGCGGAAGACAUCCGAACACAGGUCGAGCGUACGAAUGCCGCCUUCCGGGAGCGAGUGGCCGAGAUGCGCUACACCAAAAUUAAGCUCGAGAACGUCCACAAGGAAACGGUACGGCAGGUGAACGAGCUGACACGCACAGUCACACGGUUGGAGCGUGAAAUUGCCGAAAAGGAAGGCUAUGUGGCGCUCGCCCAAACGCGACUGGCUAACCGUUCGACACGACCCGGUAUCGAACUCUGCCGCGACAAUGUGUACGAAGGGUUGAAGGCCGAGUUGGCCGCACUGCGUGAGACGAUCGCGAAGCUUGAUGGCAGCUUGGUGAAGUCGAAAGCGACCCUGCGCUAUCUGCUCAACACGCAGGUAAUGCAGGAGGAAGAAAUCAACCUCAAAACCGAAUCGCUACGCAUCGACGAAGUUGACUGCAUCACUAUGAGGGAAAGCUUCAAAUUUCAAUUUUAA